GACGUAGUCAGUACUUCCUUUAUAGUAUAAGCAACCCGUAGUAGGUACGCUGCCGUGCACUCUGGUCUACAUUCCGACCACGUCCCUCCUUCCGAAACCAUUUUAGCGUGUAGUGGAGUAAGAAGGCGUGGUGAUCCCAGACUCCAGGACUACCGUACAGACAUGGCAGACCCGCGGAUGGUCGGUGUACAAGUCCAGGGGCAGCCUCAGCAGCAGUACGGUGGAUAUCCACAGCCCAGCCCCCAGCAAUCCUAUGGUCAACAAGGACAACCUGGAUACCCCCCUCAAGGACAACCUGGGUACCCCCCUCAAGGUCAGCCAGGGUACCCCCCUCAGGCCCAGCAAGGGGGGUACCCUGCGCCAGGGGGUACACCACCCCAGGUUGGUUUUGCACCAGGACAGCCACCCCCUGAAGGGUACCAGCAGGGGGGUGCCCCCCCUGCAGCAGCAGGCCCUGAACCCUCUGCACCAUCCGUCGACAAGAUGGACAGUAUCUCUGGGUACGAGGGGGUCGGCUUUGGGUCAGCCCCUCCCCUGCCCCCUCCCAGCUAUGAGGAGGCCCAGAGACAGCCUCCAGAGAGGAGCAGUCUGCCACAGCUGCCAGGUAUAACAGAGGAGGAUGCUCGUGAGGCCCUGGGACAGUAUGUAGCAGAACAGUGCUGCUAUGGGAAGUCUCCUGCUCAAGAACUCAAGUUCACAGACAUCGUACCUUCAAGUGCAUUCCACUACACAUUGGAAACAUUUGCUGAGGGCAGGUCAACUGCCUGGGCAUAUGAACCUUUCAAAGGCCAGCCCAUCGAUGGUCCGAUGAACGGCCCGGCUCCAGGACCGUGGGACAUCCAGGCUCAGGCUCCUGCCAUGUUCCAGAACUUCACCCAGCAGGUGGAGGUGCCUCAUACAGCCUCUGUCAAGCCAUGUCACACCUGUCUUGGACUGGGGAGGAAGCCUUGCCACCACUGCCAUGCCACUGGGACUAGCCACUGUCACCACUGCCACGGGAGCGGCCGCACAACUGUGUACGAGGACGGACACCAUCACCACAGGUGCUGCACCUGGUGCCAUGGAUCAGGCAGGAGACAGUGCCACCAGUGCCAUGGUCUGGGUCAGAUCCCCUGUCCCACAUGUGGUGCCCAGGGACAACUCAAGUGUUACAUCAAACUCACCAUCAAAUGGAUCAACCACGUGGAAGACCACAUAGUUGAGCGGACGGCUUUGCCUGAUGAGCUCAUCAGGGGAGUGAGUGGGCAGGUGGCCUUCAAGGAGGAAUAUCCAAGGGUAUGGCCCAUCAACCACUUCCCUGAGGCAGAAAUCAACAACGCCUCUCAGAACCUGGUGCAGAGGCACAGCACUGCCUACCCAACCGAACGGCUAAUCAUGCAGCGUCACCAGGUGAGGAUCAUCCCUGUAGCGGAGGCGACCUACAACUGGAAGGACCAGCCCUACAACUUCUUUGUGUACGGGUUUGAACAUAAGGUCCACGCCCCGGACUACCCUCAGAAGUGCUGCUGGGGCUGUAACAUCCUGUAGAUGUCAGUUUGCGGUCUCCACCAGACUAACAAUGCCAGUUCUAAAACAGUAAGAUUUAGCCAAAUAGGGAGAAUUAUUAUGCAGCAAGUUUAAACUGUAAUUUCCAACAAAAGAAAUUGAACUC